GUAUUAGUUGAUGCAAUUUGCUUGACAACGUUUGCAAUAGCGUUCUCGUGCUUGCUCUGUAUCGUUCAUAAUUUAAACUCAAAUGGACGCCGAAAUUUGCCCCGAACUGGUCCCUGCGACCAGCAGCUUGUCCCUCGCGGAACACCAACCCAGCCCAGCCGACCUGCUCCCACCGGAACUAUGGGAGUUGAUAUUCCGGCACCUGUCCGCUGCGGAACUGCUUCCGGUCCGGCUGACCAGCCACCGCUGGAAGGACAUCGUGACGCACAGCCCAACGCUGCUGGAAAAGUUCACCGUCACCCUCGAGGGUAUCUUCUUUGACGACCUGUCCCGAGUGAUCCCAGCCGCCAAGCUCUACAUUCGAUCGUGCAGAAUUGACCGGCUUGUCAGCUGGCACGAAACUGCGCACCGGUUGAGCUGUCUAACGCUUGACAGCUGCGAGCUAACGCUUCCAAUGCUGGUUGAAAUGUUGUCGCAAACGCCAAACUUGAAGCGACUUCGACUGGAUGAGGUCGAUGUGUUGUCGAGCGGGUGUGAAAUCGUUGCAAACUUUCGUCUGGAUAGGCUGGAGAAGCUCGUCGUUGAAUGGGUCUGCUGCGACCGGAUUUUGGACAUUUUUGAGGGGCGUUGUCAUCGGCUAAAGACUUUCAAGAUCUUUGGCAAUCAGAAAGAAGGCAAUAUUGUCCGGUUCAUGAAGACUGUACAGGACUCACUGGAGUACAUUAAGUUAAGCCCAACCGGAGGCUUGCUGGAGGAAAUCUCAAAUUUGAAGCACUUGAAGCUGAAGCGAAUUCAGUUUGGAAGAGGUAGCUUUGAUCAGAGUCAGUUGGUCGAGUUUUGUCGAAGAAAUCACAACAUUGAAAACGUUUGCAUUCACAAUCUAAGCUUAUCUACACAGACCCUCGAACAAAUUGGUUUGCAACUUCCCACCCUGAAGCGACUUCGAGUGACAAUCGCCGAAAAAGGAACGAUAGUGCCAAGAUUUCUCCGAUCCAUGAAGUGCUUGGAGUAUUUGUGCCUCCUCGGAGAGUAUUGCAUCGAACAGUCGCUGGACUUUACCGGGUGCGAGUGCCCAAAACUUGUCCAACUUCAAACCUACGACCUGCCACUGGUUCAGCGCGGUCUGCGACAGUUCUUCGAGAAAUCCAGCAACAUCUGGUACCUCACCCUCGACGGGAGCGUCUUCGACAGUUGGUCGGAUGUAUUCGCGGCGCUGGAACCGUUGGAAUGUCUGUACGAGUUGGUGCUGAGACGUAUUAAGAUUCGCGACGACGGUGAUCUUGAGGGCGAGAAGGUUUUAGUUCACAGAAAUAAUUCCAGCCUGAAUGGAUUGGUAUUGAGUCACUGUAAAAUACCAAAAGAUUUGCUAGUAACACAAAUUUGCCGAUGUGCGGAACUUGAAGAAUUGUGGCUAACUGCCAUUGAUAGCAUAGAUGAGGCAGUGGUGUUGGCUUUGCUAGGUAAUUUGUCCAAGCUGAAAAUGUUGACCAUUUCUGACUGCGGAAAGGAAUCCGUGACGAGCAAGGUUUUGGAUGAAUGUAAGACUAGAGGAAUAUCGAUCAACAAGUAAAGAGCAAAGUUUCCUCUCAUAAUAAAUGAAACGAUUCGUCAUUAUUUAGAACAUUUUAUAAAUUCCAAAAAACAUUGCUAGAUAUUAAGGAUUUUUUAUAAUAAAUCGAGAUUGUUUGAAAUAA